AUGUUCUCGACCAGGAGUUCACAUAAGUCGCGAAAUCUGGCUUUGAACGAUGGGGCCCCCAGUAGCAAGAGACGUACUUUGAAGCGUCGAAAUGCUGCUUAUGUGGACUUCAACGAUGAUUCCACGAUUUCCUCGUCCCUCGUUCAAAAAUUCAAAACAUCCUCAAAUGCCGAGAAUUAUCGCCAGGGGGGCGACAAGUCUAAACAUCUGGAAGUUCUUCGCAAAAGUCUUCAAUCCCUUGCAAACGAAAUUCACAACGACAGUAAGGAACUCACCUCCCUGAUAAAAGAGUCCCUAAAUCGAGCUGAUUCGAAUAUCGACAUUGCCAGCAAGGAAUCACCAGCACUACCGGCAUCAGAGGAACUCAAAGAGUUGAAAGAUACGAUCAGGCAGUUGACCAAGGGCGUGAGCUCGGAAAACAAACAGAUUAAGUCGCUUCUGCAGGAUUCCCUGUCGAGCCACAACAAGUCUUCAUCUGGAAGCCACAAUCUCAUGGUAGCCCACUCUGAUGAGAAGCCCACACUUGGACUUGCCGAAGAUCCGGAGAACUCCCUUGUUCGUCGAGCCCUGGACGAAGUGAAGGAUAAUGUCAACAAUCUCGGUCGGGUUUUUCGUGAACUCCUUGGACGUCGGACAGCGGAUGCAGCAAACUGUUCUGUUCCAGCACACCAGAACACACCAAUUACCGACCAACUGAAGCUUCACGCGUGGGGCGCCCAAAGAAGCCCGACCCUCAGCGGGAUACAGCUGUCAUCUGGCGGCCAAUCCCAAGCCACCUUUAAGACGGAUGAGUUGGCUGCACCCAAGGCACCGUCCUCGGCCACUGAUUCCAUCCUCCUCGAAGCUCUGGCGGUGAUGAAAGAGAGCAUCAUGGCCAUGAGUAAGGUGUCGACUUCUGAGGUAGCAGCCAACAGAACGCCAAACAAAAACACUGAAUUGUCCAACGCGCUUUCUGAAAUUCGCAAAUGUCUGCAGACUAUUGAGGAACUGAAAAGUCGUCGGUCUGAAAAGCCAAUUGUUCUAGAUGCUUCAGUGGCAGCAACAACUUCUGUCGAACCGAAAGCAACCCCAGUGAAGUUUACUGCUCACAGUCAUGAUAAGAGAAAAAGGAACCAACAUCGGAAGAAAGCCUCGCAUCACAAGAGACACCGUAAGUCAAGCAGUGAGGAGAGCGAAGACGACUCAGAUGAAGAUGAGGGUACCGACGAUGACGAGGAUGAAAGUGAUGGGGAGGAUGAUGAUGAUGAGGAGGAAGACGGUGAGGAUAGUGAGGAGGAAGAGGACGAUGAUGAUGAAGAGGAGGUGGAGGAGGAGGAGGAAAUGGAGCCCCUUCCGCCACGCAGACGCUCAAAGACCCUCAAAAUGACUAAUCAUAGGAGUAAAAUCAAAGUAGAGGAGAAAAAGAAUCGAGGAAGCAAGCAUCACCAUGCCGACGGGGACGCCCAGAAGACUGUUGAGGACAUGAGGGUUCGUCGAAGGUUACAGUUGAAGAUACCUCCCCCCAGAGUGGCCGAUAAGGCCUGUCAGAGGCCGUCCUGUCAACAGACCGCAGGAUACUUUACUGCACCAACAGCGCCUUUGGGAAUGAGCUACUGGAUGCCUCAACCCCCGGCCCUCUACUCUCCCUUCACACCCCGGUGGUACGCCCCUACGACAGCGGUACAGCCGUCCACGGCACCUAGUGUGACCAACAACAGUAUGUCGCGUUCAGCCUCCUAUGAUUAA